UGAGGAGACUUGACUGAUCCUCACACUGAACUGAUCCUCACUGACACUCAGAGGCUCCGCUGCUGCUGCUGUAAAAUGGCGGCCGGUAGUGAAGCUGCUAGCGGCCAUAGCCGCGGCUCAGGCGCUGUACUCGAGUCCAGUUUAGACCGGCGAUUUCAAGGCGUUUCAAACACAAUGGAGUCCAUUCAAGGAUUAUCGACGUGGUGCAUCGAGAACAAGAAAUAUCACAGCGUAAUCGUGCGCUCCUGGGUGAAGUGGUUGCGAAAAUCGGACUCUUCUCACAGGCUGAAUCUCUUCUACCUGGCCAACGAUGUCAUUCAGAACUGCAAGAGGAGAAAUGCGAUCGUCUACCGCACCACCUUCACUGAUGUUUUGCCCGAAGCUAUUAAGCUCAUCAGUACUGUAAAAGACUCUAAGGUGCGGAAAUCAGUGGACAGGAUCCUGUCCAUCUGGGAGGAGAGAAAUGUUUACUCGGAGGAGUUUAUUAACCAGCUUAAAGGUGGCCUCAUCCAGCCAGAAGAACCACCAGCACCCGCCAACCCAAAAGCUGCACUGAGAUCCAAGAUAGUUGCUGAGUUUUUGCCUUCAACGUUUAUGGAGCAUCUCACCAAAUACAGGAAAUCCAUGGAUGAGAUUGAGCUGAGAGAGAAGCAGCUAGCUGCCAUGAGAGUGGACGUGUGCAGCACAGUAGCGCUGAAGAAACUCAAAGAUAAAGCAGGUGGCAAGCGUUUUUCGAAAGAUUUUGAAGAUGGUAGUACAAAACUGCGGGACUUUGUAGCCUUUCUGGAGGGAGAGGUAAAAAAAGGACCUGCUCUGAUUGAGGCUCUGGAGAAUGCUGACAUUUUCUACGAGAUGCAGUACAAAGAGGUCAAGAUCGUCACCAAUGCCUAUCAGACUUUUGCCAACCGAGUGUUGCAUCUCAAAAAGAAAUUGGAUACCCUCAAAGCUUCUUUACCUGACCCUGAUGAAUCGCCAAUCCCUUCACCCUCUGAGGACGCGCCAUCACCCACAGGAUCUGAGUCACCCUUCCAUGGCUUAACACGAAUUGGUACCCCAGACCCAGAGCUGGAUGGUCAGGCAUUGGAGGAGGACCUGAUCGCUCUCGGUGAUGCACCUAGUCCACUCUCUUCCCCUGGGGACAAAGACAACCGUGACGUGGAGGACAUGGAACUCUCAGAUACUGAGGAGAUGGCGGAACCAGCCAUCAUAGUAGAAGAAAGGACAGAGCAGCCUGGCCCUGCCAGUGUGUCCAAUCAGACCCUGGCUCUUGCUGUGACUGAACUGUCUCAAACCAGCCAUACUGAACCUGAGAAUGAAACUACACCACCAGCAGCAGCCACACCACCAAUAACGGGGUCCCUUCCCAUUAACCUGGCGGGUGUGGAUUUGGGCAAAAUCAGCUCAAUUAUUAGCACACUCACAAAUGUCAUGAAGAACAAUGCUACAGGAGUGAGCCCAGCAUUUCGCUCUGCCACCAGUACUUCAAGCACUCUUUCCUCGGCCAGUUCAACCUUGAAGAGCCCCACGGUCUCUUCCUCGCCAGCUGUUCCUGCAUCUAACUCGCUGGCGAAAAUACUAUCCCGGGUGGACAUCAACCCUGGCACCCUGCUAAACGUCCUGUCCAAAACCCAGUCACAAGGGAUUGGCCUUCAGGGACUGUCUUCCUUCCUGAACAGUCAGACUGCAGUAAACUCAAAUCCUUCAGGCUCGAAUUUGGACUCGUCCUCAGACUCCACUUCCAAAGCCCAUGACUCUCCCGUUACCAAUCCAGUUCCACCUGCUCCUACAGUGGUGAGAGGCUCCACCCCUCAAAGGGCUGUGACUCUCCAGUCAUCUCAACCUCCCAGCACUAUUCAGAGCAGGGAUCUUCAGAAAGAAGCCGAGGAACACAAAGAGGAGCCAGUUGUUUCUGUCAGUUCUACACUGGACUCCAAGAUCGACGGCUUCCUUCAGGGAAAUCCAGGACUGAGAGGCUUAAAUAUGGGUUUCCCCCCUGUUCUUCCGUGGUCUAAAGCUGUUGAUAGUCCUUCAGCGAACACAGAAAACCUCGGGGGAACACCUGUGAGGGACGAGUCUGGUGCAACGCCAACUCAAGAUGAGGUCAUGGAUGAGCCUGCAGUACAACCAUUUUUGUAUCAAGGAAGGCCUCUGCAAACAGCUUCAUCAUCAGCUGCUUCUACACCUGCAGUGGUCACUGGACCACCCAUGUCCACGUUUCCUACUGAUUCCUGGCAAGAGCAGAACAGGCACAUCUUGCAGUAUGGUCCUGGGUCAGCGCGUAGCAUUGAUCACUACCAGAGAGACUUCCAAAGUUCAGGGAUGCCAAUUAGAGAAACAGGGCGCCCUCAGCAUGUUGAAUCCUUGUUGCCAACAUCAAUGGCAGACAAGAAUCAGAUCUCAAAUAAAAACAAUGAGACCCUGGAGAGAAUUAGCCUAGGAACACCAUUCUCUAGUAAUGGAGCAGACAAUGCUAGCUUGGCAAAUGAUGGCUGGUAUCAUGAUGCACAUGGACAUGAUCAAGAGCAGCGUGUCGGUGCCAACUCUGAAUCAUAUCAAGGGAAACCGCAGCAGUCUGAAGAUCAUAGACAUGAUUCCAACCCUCCAAAUUUCUUCAACACCCCAUUACCACCUCCUCCACCAAUCCCCCAGCUUCCACCUCCACCUCAAGACUUUAUCACUCCAGUGGUAGGUCAAAGAGUCAAAGAUCCUCUUGAGCCCAAGAUCACAGACAGUGUACAGACUGGUGGCGAAGUCCCGCCCUAUUCUCUUUCUCAUGACGAUUAUGACGAGCGUCUCCUCAAUCGGAUCCCAACCAAGGAGACUUUCCAUCCCCAUCCGAACACCUCAGGGCCACGGCAUUGUGCAGUCACACCGCAUCCUGUUCAUCUGGGCCCUCAGAAUGGCCCAAUGGACUUUAACCAUCGCCCCAGAGUCCCUGUACACAAUCAGCACCACCCUGGUAUGCCUCGUCAAAGUGCUCCAUCUACUGUAAGGGGGUACCACGAGACUCUUAGUCCCUCACAUGCUCCGCCUAAUGACACAUAUUUGGACCCACACUGUGAUGCGCCCCCUCGCAGCCCUUCUCCUCCUUCUUACAACGUCGAUCGCCCUGUCUCGCCUCACACACGCACGUUUUAUCCAGAAGAGAGACCCAUCAUGCCAAUGCACCAUCCGGAACCUAGAUUACGUCCUCGACUUGAGCACAGGACUCCUCCUCCGCCGCAUCACUACCGUCCUCCACGGCCUGGUCACUUCCCCCCACAGAGACCUCUCCGUCGUCCUCCGCCGCCUCAUAUCCAUCAUCCCAUUGAGCCACCGUUCCAGAGAGGAAAAAGACACGGUCCUCCUUUUGGAGGUCCUUCAAGACCUCCGGGUCCAUUUUACCCUCCUAAAAGACCUUUUCUGCCCCCAAGGUACUGAACUGUUAGCACACGUAAAGGCUUAGAGUUACAGCAUUAACGUACUGACGUCCAUGCAACGACGAUCUUCCACUAGGCUUCAUAAGAUUACACUCUGACGGUCAGUACAUGUAGGAACAAUACGGUGGUCUCAUGCAGCUUGAGGAUCUGUGCUCUCUGAGGUUCGAUCUCUACAUGGGCUGUGAAGGGGUGCGACCUUGUCGUCGUGUAGCAAGAGCCAAGACAGCAAGAGGAUGGGGGGACAUAAAAGAUGACUGAAGUAGAAGAGAAUCACUACAGGGAUCCGGGAGAGAAGAUGCGAGUGGAGCAGCCAUGAAAUUGCAAGAUAAAGAGAAAAUGAGGUGGUUAUACUUUUAUUUGAUUGCUCUUUGCCGUUUAUUUUUUUUAUUCACACUUCUAAGGCAACGUUCCAAAUGAUUUGAUUCUAGUCAUCCAUCCUUCCUUCCUUAAAAAAGUGUGUGUGUGUUUGUGAGUGCGUGCGUGUGUGUGUGUGUGUGUGUGUGUGUAUGCCUGUCUUUGGGUCAGUCUUAAACCCAAAACCAGCGGUGCACAGUUCCAGGUCCUGGAGGGCAGUUUGCUGCUUUCCCUGCAUUCACUUAACUUACAGGGAACUAAGUAGGCAGGGGAAUUGUUAAACUGUGCUUACGUGUAAAGAUCUCCAGGCAGGACAGUGUGCAGUGCUGGUUUAAACUAUUGGCGUUAAAAAACAAACAAAAAAAGAUUUGUGUGAUUCCCUGCUUCAUUAGCUCAUGUGCGAUUUGUGCGUUAAUUAAAGCCGGAUGCCUUGCGUAGACUUUUAGACUUGGGUACGCUGUAAUCCAUCGAGUCUGAAAGAUUUGACUCGUGUUCCACGUCAUCGUUCGAGAUUGCGUCAUCUACCGCUGUUCAAGUUUUGGGAUCGCCUUUUAAUGAAGAGUCCGGGAAAUGCUAAGCAAGCCAGGAAUGUAUCAUUUUGUGUGUGUGUGUGUGUGUAUGUGUGGGGGGGUGGGGGGUGGUUUGCUAGGAGGGAAGUUAAAAGGAAUAAUGAAUUUUUCCACACUGACUGAAGAUGUGGAAGAGAAGACGUUUUCCUGUCACGUGGCCUCAAUCAACAUUUUCCCCUCCUCCAGUUCCUCACGAGUCACUGUACCUGACUUCAAUAAAUAAAAGUGUUUGGAAAAAACAAAAAAACCUCCAUGGGAGAGUGCGCUGUUUCUCAACCAUGGUGUGUCCGAGUCAUUUCAUCUUCGCUAGACAUCCGAGACUGCCUUCUCUGGUUUGCACACAUUUUUUUUUAUUUUGGAACUAACUAAUUUCAUACCUGCUUACAAUAGUGUUUGUGAAAAAUCAUAAAAAUAUGCUUUCAUGCUCAGCGUGUUAAAAACAAUUUAUAUGGGGGGGCGGAUCAAACACAAACAAACCAAAAACUCCACCUGGCUCAAGAAAAACAUUCCUGACCUACUCCAGCAUGAAAUAUCAUUUUUUGAUUACAACGUCAGUCUUAUUAGCUUCAUUGACAGCGGUGCAAUUUUUUCUUUUCUUUUUAUCUACAUUUGAAUAAAGAAGUCAUUAUUAUUGUUUAGGCAAAUUCACCUUGUGUGUAUAUAAAGCAUGCAGGAAGCGUAGGUUAAGAGUUAAACAAAACGCGUUAUUAAUGAUGCGGUCUGAAAUUCUACACUCCUGCUCAUAAAUCACAGAAAACAUCCACAGACCUCUGAUGAUAGAUGCAGCACUCCUGAGCCGGUGACGGUCAGAAUAAUGUUUAACAGCAGUCAUGAGAACCAGGGAUGCAAACGUGCCUCAUCGUUUUGUUAAACAAAAUGCUUCUGAAAGCAUUAACAAAUGUGUUUCAGACUGUCUGAUGGUCAACCUCCAAACCAGUCACGUAGUGUCACAAGCUACAGCCCUUUUAGUCAAAGUCAAGCAAAUGGAUUAUUGCUUUAGGAAAUCUUUAAACCUUUUACAACCUUUUAAGAAAGAUUUUUUGCACCUUUUCUAAAACUGUAUAUAAAACAAAAGCAGUUCAUUAGUGGAGUAUAUGUACUCUUCUAGCUCUAAACAUGGCUUUGAAUUUAAUGUUUAGUUUAUUAAAGACCUUUCAGAAAAGGACUGUAAUAGAAAAGAAAAUAAACAGCUUUAGAGCAUACUAUAAUAUAAACUGCUGAUAAAUCCAUCACGGUUAACACUGUAAUGGCUUCAGAUGCUAAACUCAAUUUGAGAUAUGGAACAGUUUUUUUUUUCGCUUUAUCACUGCUUUAAUAUCAAAUAAACUCGAUAUCAAGGUCUCUCUUAGCUCAGAUGUAGAUCCCUGCAUUUUAGGAAUCUUUAAAGCUUUAACACCAUUUUUAGGACGCUUUCUGCAAAUUAUAGUUGUAUAAAACAAACUAAUAGUCCAUUAGUGGAGUAUUUGUACUUGGUGUAUCUUCUAGCUCUAAACAUGGCUUUAAAUUUAAUUUUUAGUUUAUUAAAGACCUUUGAAGAAUGUGUAAUAGCAAAGAAGAGCACUUAGGAGCAUACUGAGCUGAUAAAUGGCUUCAGAUUAACUGCUAAACUAAAUUUUAGAAAUUAAACGUUCAGAUAUUUGAAGUGUUUUUAUCGUUAUUCGCUUUAACACCGCUUUAAUAUCAAAUAAAUUCGAUAUCAAGAUUUCUCUUAGCUCAGAUGUAGAUCCCUGCAUUUUAGGAAUCUUUAAAGCUUUAACACCAUUUUAAGGAUGCUUUCUGCAAAUUAUUAUAGUUGUAUAAAACAAACUAAUUGUCCAUUAAUGGAGUAUUUUUACUCGUCUAGCUCUAAGCAUGGCCGUAAAUUUAAUUUUUAGUUUAUUACCGACUUUUGAGAAUAUGUAAUAGCAAAAGGAAAAUAAAAACUUGGUAAACAUUGUAAUGGCUUCAGAUUAACUGCUAAACUGAAUUUGAGAGAUGGAACAUGUUCAGAUAUUUGAUCAGUUUUUUUCACUUUAACACCGCUUUAAUAUCAAAUAAACCCAAUAUCAAGAUCUCUUUUAGCUCAGAUGUAGAAUCCUGCAUUUUAGGAAUCUUUAAACCUUUAAGAACAUUUUAAGGCUUUCUGCGACGACUUAUAGUUGUAUAAAACACUAAUAGUCCAUUAAUUAGAGUAUUUGUACUCGGUGUAUCUUCUAGCUCUAAACAUGACCUUACAUUUAAACCUAUUUUAGAUACUGAUUAAUAAUCUCAGGUGGUGGUUAUUAUUAUUAUUAUAGACCUUUGAAUUCUUUGGACCAUACCAAGCUGAUAAAUCCAUCUUACUCAUUAAGUACUUGCUCAUAAAUCCAAUAAACUAAAGUCUAUUAGUGAAGUAUUUGUACUCAGUGGAUCUUCUAGCUCUAAACAUGGCUUUAAACUUAAUUUUUAGUUUAGAAAAGACCUUUGAGAAUAUGAAAUGAGAGCAUACUAAUAAAUCACUGAUAAAUCCAUAGAAAUGGCUUGAGAUGCUAAACUGAAUUCGUUUUCAUCGUUAUUUGCUUUGAACUUAAUAUCAAGAUCUUCACAUGUAGCUCUCUAAAUAAACCAGGCAUUGCGGAUGCAAUUUUCAGAAAUGUGUUCGUUGAGGUGAUCUUCACAUUGUUGACCGUUAAAAACACUUAAUUCAGCACAAAACAAUCGAUCAAGACAUAGCUUCACAGCCUGGCUCUUGAUCCAUCUACCUGCCAGAAUCCCAAUCGAACCAUUAUGGUAUUUCUGAGAGUUUUGAGUUGGAAAAUCUACAGGGUGUCUGAAAAUAUCCACAAAACCCGCGGGUCAGUUUUAUACUGGUUAGUUUGUGGCUUUUCGGACGCUCUGUAGAAAUUAAAGAUAAAAAAAAGAAAAAUAGUAUACAUCAGCUCCUCAGACUCGAUCAUUGAUGUAGAUGUAGCAGAUUUUGUUGAUGCUAGGCCAACAAAACAUUUUUACUCAUUUGGAUUUUUAGGUCAUUUUUUAACAAAAAUAAUUCUUUAUGCAUCAAUGAGUCAGUAUCCUUAAGCUGAUGACCUUUACAGAUGACCUUGCUUUUAGUUGUGAUCUUGAAAGCUGCAAAUGAAAGCAGAUAUGGAGAGUCCAGAGAGUUGAAAGGCUUCAACAAAUAAAGCCCCAUCAAAAACAUUUUGGUCAGUCAUCUAUUGAAGUUCCAAACUAUAGGGCGUAUGAAACUUAUAAUCUCUUUUGCUUUAUUUAAUUCAUUCGGAAAACAGAAAUCGCUCUAACUGUAAGAGCAGCUCUCGGUGUCUCUUUCCUGUGAACGUACGUCCUUAUUCACCUGUACAUCCUGUUCGUUUUUCUCUCACAGCGAUUCAGAGUAAUUUUAGAGAUCAGCAAUAAAAGAAAAAAGUACUGAAGUAGAGUCUGUCUGUUUAUCUCGGCUUACCACCUUGACUUCAUCGAGUUCCUCAGACUCGGCGGAACACGAGGUUACGGUCGAGAAUCUGACAUGUCGAGGUUUAUUUUGUUUACUUUAUACUCGAAUCCUUCUUCGCAGGGAUCAGCAGUCAUAUGGAACACUGCUUUUCAAAUAGUUAAAACAAAAUUUGCUUUCAAGUACAAAUUAGCUACACUAAGCGCUCUUCUUUUUACCACUUUCUUAAAUCCUUUACAGACUAUAAUUGUGGUUUCUUUAUCAUUACAUCAUUAGGAAGCAGCUCCAGCGCUCGUGUGAUAGGUUUUUUUAAAAAUUUGGUUCUCGUUGAAAAAUAUCGUAGGUCGUGUUUUUUAAGGCGGAGCUUUCAGUAGGGCUGAUUUGAGGUUUUGUUUUCAUGGGUAUUAAACGGUUAAAACGUGUAUAAACUGCUUGAAUCUGAUGAGAAGAAAGGAGGAAUAUUUCUCCCUUUGUUUUUAUUUGUGUUGAAUAACCUGUGAUCUAAACCCACAUCAGCUUAUCGCUUAUUUUAAUGAACUCUUCAGCUUUCAGUGGUUCAUUCCCGAACAGACAUAUGACAUAACUGAUUGACGUAAAUUAUUUAAUGUCUGGCGCAGAUUUCUAUAAAACAUAAAUGUUCUGCGGCAUAAAACCGAACGAAAGCUGCAAUAAAUUCGAGCCGCUAUGAUUUAAUUGUUAGUCACAUGGUUUCUCUAUGGUACAAAAAAAUGGUUUUUAGCCAGUAAUUUCUUUUUGUUUUUAUUAUAUAUUUUAUAAAUAAUUUUAUUUAUUUAUUUAUUUAUUUAUUCAUCCA